CAGCGCAGCGCACCGCGCUACGUCACGUCGCCUCACCACUCGCGGACCGUUUCUCCCGUCCGCCGUCAGCCCGUAGCCACUGCGCGCGGGGACUCCAGCAAUGGCUCUCACGCAGGCACUGUCAGCGAGGAGGCUGGCCGUAGUGUGGGCUGUGGCGGCGGCGGCGCUGCUGUGCGGCCUGGUGGUGGGAGCGCCCGCUGCCUCAGACGACGACUACACGGACGAGAACAGGCCCUACGAGUUCGGAUUCGUCAUCGAGGGGCAGCAGCACCGCCACGAGAAGAAAGAUGAGAGAGGCAUCAUCAUGGGGGAGUUCGGCUUCAUCACGGCGGACGGAGUCUACCACGUGACGGUGUACGCCACGGACGAGAACGGAGACUUCAAGAUCAUCAGCAUGAAGAACAUCCGCCUCGGACCGCCUCUGGACCAGAUGCGCACGGCGCCGCGCGCCAGCACGACAGCGCGCCCUGUGACGCAGCCGCCGGCGCCGGCAGCAGCGGCGCGCACCUCGACGGCCCCCGGAGCCCCCGGCUCCUCCAGGACGUCGGUCAGGCUCGACGGCGUCAACGGCUGCAGCGGAUGCCUCAUCCCCACCACCACGGCUGCCACCCCUCCGGCCAUCGGCUCUGAGCUGCAGCCUCCGUUCGUUGGAGGUCCCCCAUCCGCUGGAGCACCUGGAAGACCUAGUCCCGCAUCCGUUGGAACACUUCGGCAACCUGGAGGCGUCGGCGGUGGUUUCAGCACAGGAGACAGAACUGCCAGUGGCUUCGGUGGUGGCCAAGGCGGCGUAGCCGGAGGCGGCGUCCAAGAUCGCAUUGGGGGUGGCAUCGCAGAUCGUACUGGCGGGAGCUUCGGAGGUGGGGCUCCAGGUAGUGCUGUAGGCGGCGGCGUCGGCAUCACUAGGGCUCCUGUGGCAGGUGGCAGUGCCGGUAGCUUUGGGGGCGGUGCUGGAGGUGCUGGGAGUGUCGACAGAGGAGACGGUGGGAGCGGCUUCGGAGGGCAGCGCCCUGGCCUGCCAAGGCAGUCAACUAUCGGCACAGCAGCUCAGCCCGGCAGACCUUCCCAACCAGUGGGGCAGCAGCCGGCGUUCGGAGCGAGGCCAUUCGCCGUCCCAGCACAGACGCCCUCGGGAGUUGGCGGCGCUCCUGGCCAGCAGGCGACAGGCCCAGCUUCCGCUCGGCCAGGGGCGCAGACCGCUGGUGCCCCAUUUGGAAGCGCCGGUGCCCCAUUUGGAGGUGAGGCGUCGCCUCCGGGCACUCGGCAGCAAGGCGGCGAGCGCACGUCCGCGUUCGGUGGGCGGCCAUCCUCCGGCCCUGCAGCUGCCGGUGGUGGCGUCCCAGCCUCGAGUGGCGGACUGGGUGUUCCGCCUGGAGAGCCCGUCAGGGACGGACUCCCGCCGGGAGUCACCAUGCAGGACGUUAUGGAUGCCCUGCUCUACAGGUUCAACUACACGCUGCCGUACCACGGCCACAACGAGGAGGGCUACCGCAGCGGCAAUAAGGUGGGCGGCUACUUCGCGGACGGCCGCGACGGCGUCGGCCGCAGCGUCAAGUACCUGGCCAACGAGUUCGGCUACCAGCCCAACAUCACGCUGGUCGACCUGCGGCCCGACCAGGCCCACACCGAGGAGGACGAGCGCAACGCGCCGUUGCUCGGAUACAAGUUCGAGUGGCUCUACUGAACAACUCCCUCCAAGCAGUCGCUCUCACUGCAAGACACUCUGCCUCAGACAGCGCUCC